AUGCGAAAAAUAUCAACAUUCAGAGAAAAGAACAUUAACAAAUUUAGUAACGAUAAAAUGGGUUUUAUAGAUGAAUGUAUAGACAAGAAAGAUAAUAAUAAUAUGCGAAAUAUGAGUGAAAUUAUAGAAAAUAAAGUGGAUACAAAAUUCAAAGAAAAACAAUAUAUUUUUAAUCAAAUAAACGAGUUAACAAAUUAUGAAAAAGAUAUUUCAAAAACGUACAAAAAAAGAGCUUAUACUUUAGGGGCAAUAGAUGGGAUAGGAUCAAUAAGUAUAUUAAAUGCCCCUUUAAUAAAUCCAGAAAAUGCACAAGUUGAUCCUCCUAUUUUACAAUUACAUUCAACAACAAAUCUUAUAAAAAAUGUUCAUGUAAAAGCUAAUAAUGAAAAAAAUAUUGAUAAAGCAUAUAAAUAUCGAAACCAAAAUAGUAAUAAGGAUAUUAUAAAGAAUAUGAAACCAUUAUAUUCGAUCCCUGAAUAUGUUAUGAAUUCAUAUAUGUAUGAUAAUGAUAUGGAUAAAAAAGGAAAUGAUAAUAUCCCAAGUGACGAAAAUACGUGUCUAUUUCAAAAUGAGCAUCAUAAUUCAGAAAAAAAAUCAGUAAAAAAACAUACAAAUAAUGAAUUGAAAAACAAUGUAGAGAGUCAAAAUAGUAAUAUAAGCAUAAACAAAUCAGCAUAUUUUGAAAAGGAUGGAAUAGUUAAUAACAUAGAAGACCCUAUUCAAUAUGAAGAGAGCAAAAUAAAUUGUGUAUCAAAUAACAAUCUUGAAAAGGUAGAGGAAAAAAACAAUGGAAUGGAAACGAAUAAUGAUAAUAGAAACAACAAGAACAACGGUAAUAAUACAGAUGUUUCAAAAGAGGAUCACUUAAUGUACUCAAAAACAGUUUUAGUGGAAAAUUAUGAUAAUGAUAAUAAAAAAUAUUCAUAUAAGUAUGGCAGUGUUAUGAAAAAUAAAUAUACACAUGAAUAUACUCGCGUUGUAAAAAACGUUGCUAAUAGCCAUAAUGAAAAAUUAAAUCAAGAUGAAGAUAGGAUCGAAUUUUGUAAGUUAAGCCAAAUAAUGUCACUCACUUUAACAAAAACGCUCGAAGUUCUAGCUAAUGAGCGAUUCUCCUAA